AUGUUCGUGUUCGGCAUCAGUGAGGGUGACGUUGUUGUUUUCGAUCCGGAGAGUUACAAUGCUUAUCGUACAAUAGCUCUGGCGGAUCCUUCUAAGGAAUACACGGGAGUCACCUUUGAUCAAGACUCGAAUAUUCUAUAUGUUACUGAGAAGGCUACUGGGCGGAUUGCUCGGUUCAUAGGUCAGGGGGGAGUGUGGACUCCAAUUGACCCCUUGAAUGGUUCGGAUGUUCUCAUCGAGCCCACUAUUUUGCGCUUCGCACUCGGUAAACUUUACGUUAGAGUGAAUGGUGGCGUUGCCUAUGCUACAAUGGACGGGUCUGUGAAUCCUCAGUGGUCUUUCGUUCCACUGGAUAUUCAAGGUGACCAGAGCUUCACUGCUGCUCCAGACGGUUUCCUCUACUACCGUAAGGCUAUCGACUCCGUCUAUCGUCUUCCAUUGGAUAAUCUGAUCGGCGCGGGUGAACUUUACGCUGGUGGAUGCGGCUGUGGUCUGGCGCCAAAUCAAGUGUGUACCUCGGGCAACGGCAAUCUCGUGAACUUCAAUCCCACUGGUGGCGUUGUCAUGCAAGACUACUCCGAAGGACCUGACUUCCGCUUUCUUAACUGGUGUGGAGAUUUCUGCACUUCUACUACGACUAGUGGUCCCUCGACCAGUAUCACUCCAACCCGUGGUCCUCGAACAAGUACAACUUCAACAACCCGUGGGCCUGUGUUCACUACCACAACUCCUGGUUCUCUGACCACUAGCACUACGAGUGGUGGCCAUGUGACUAGUACUACUACUUCUUCGCCAACUGGGCGGUGUUCGGGCGAUUUCUGCGUCGCUGACAGGAAGGUGUUCCCCAGCCUUCUUCCAUCUGGCCAGAUAACUACCGAGUCCUUCAGUUUCACUGACUAUGGUGUAUGGUAUCUAGCUGGCUACUCUAGUGAUGAUGGUAUCCGUAUGCUUUGGAGACUCGAAUGCAACCAAUGGUUACCUGUUGCUGAGAAGGCUCUCUCUAAUAUCGAGGCUUCAGGCAACGAUAUGUUCGUGUUCGGCAUCAGCGAGGGUGACGUUGUUGUUUUCGAUCCGGAGAGUUACAAUGCUUAUCGUACAAUAGCUCUGGCGGAUCCUUCUAAGGAAUACACGGGAGUCACCUUUGAUCAAGACUCGAAUAUUCUAUAUGUAACUGAGAAGGCUACUGGUCGGAUUGCUCGGUUCAUAGGUCAGGGGGGAGUGUGGACUCCAAUUGACCCCUUGAGUGGUUCGGAUGUUCUCAUCGAGCCUACUAUUUUGCGCUUCACACUCGAUAAACUUUACGUUAGAGUGAAUGGCGGCGUUGCCUAUGCUACAAUGGACGGGUCUGUGAAUCCUCAGUGGUCUUUCGUUCCACUGGAUAUUCAAGGUGACCAGAGCUUUACUGCUGCUCCAGACGGUUUCCUCUACUACCGUAAGUCUAUCGACUCGGUCUAUCGUCUUCCAUUGGAUAAUCUGAUCGGCGCGGGUGAACUUUACGCUGGUGGAUGCGGCUGUGGUCUAGCGCCAAAUCAA